ACAGCUACAUGCCAUGGUCUCUCUCUCCCAGUUUGCCUGGAACCGGGAAGGGUUAUUUAGAGAUUUGUGGUCGAGGAGCGAGCUGGGUCCACAAGGCGAGCUGCUCAGCGUGGAAAGCAGCAGCAUUCAGAAACCCAUCCAGGGCCGGGAGCUGUCCAUUAGGGGAGGGAGUCACUAACUACUGAGCGGAUGUGUUUGUGUGUGUGAGCGAGAGAGACAAAGGGAUGUUCCCGGAGAGCUGCUGGUACUGGAUAGAAGGGCUGCCAGAGAAACGCGACUGAUCAGAGCCUGCAACUGUCAACUUUCGAACAGUGGAGCACUCCAGACACCCACCAUGGAUCUCUCAUUCAUGGCUGCACAGAUCCCUGUGAUGACAGGAGCCUUCAUGGACUCCCCAGUUGAUGAGUGCAACACCGAGUUCUCAUUGUUCAACUCAUCAACCAAUAUGAACGAGAGCUCGUCAGCUCCGAAUCAGGUCGAGGAGCCGGCUCGCACCUCCAAUGAUGCCAUCUGGCUAUGGAUUGCGAUAAUAGCAACUAUCGGGAACAUUGUGGUGGUUGGUGUGGUGUACGCUUUCACCUUUUAGGA